AUGGUGUUAUCAGCCCACAUAAACCGCGGUUCGCAAACUUUGGAGGUCUGGCUUGACUGGCUACACAUCUCUGCAUCUCUGCUCACGCACGUCGGAUCCGCGACUCACAUACAUAUGCACCUUCUUGCGUCCUUGGCGCCAGCAUCUUAUCCGAACCUCGAGCAGCAGGAGCAGCAGCAGAAGAAGAAGGGCCAAGUCUGUCUACUCCCACCCCUAUCUCCAGAUUCCCCCCCAUCUCGACCUCCCGGAUUUACCAGCUACCUAGCCGUAAUGCCCGCCAUCGCCCUCAUCAUCCGCGGGAACAAUGCCACCACCACCACCAACACCAUCCACACCAACCGCAACCAACUCCCGGACCCAAGCCCAGGUUACCCUCUCCCACUAUACCAUAAUCGUAAGCGCCCGCGCUCCUCGACAGCAGCGGCAGCAACGAAAUCAGCAGUCCAGUUCCACCAACCCAUCGGCUUCGUGUGCUGCCAGUGCCGCUACCGCAGCAGCGGCAGCCGCUGCUCCAACCCGGACCGCCCGGACUGUCCGCACCGCGGCGUGCCGCGCUGUGGGAACUGCCCGAUUCUGUUCACGCCGCCGCGGCUGAUGCGUGCUUGGGGUGGUUGA